CAGGACUUCGAUAUCUCAUCCUCAAAGUUCUCAAAGAAAACCAAACUCUGCAAUGGAGAAAGGAGCGAAAUCCCGCGGCAAACCCUCGCCCUUGACCCUUGACCAAUUCAUCUCUAUUAUGGCUCCUCUCAUCGAUCUGGAAAAGGAGGCUGAGAUAUCAGCAUCUAUUAGUUCUUCCUCAUCAAAGAGCAUAGAUGUUGCACAAAAGAAGGGUUCUGCCAUUCUUAAUCUUAAAUGUGUAGAUGUACAGACAGGAUUGAUGGGGAAAUCACUUAUUGAGUUUCAAUCUACAAAGGGAGAUGUUCUUCCUGCUCACAAGUUUGGUACCCAUGAUGUGGUAGUCUUGAAACCUAACAAGGCUGAUCCAGGUUCUGCUGCACUUGGACAAGGUGUUGUUUAUCGCCUAAAGGAUUCUUCAAUCGUUGUGGCUUUUGAUGAUAUUCCAGAAGAUGGUUUAAACAUCCCUCUGCGUCUCGAGAAGGUGGCAAAUGAGGUAACUUAUAACAGUAUGAAGAAUACAUUAGUCCAACUCAGCAAGGGUGUCCAGAAGGGACCAGCUGCAGAUUUGAUUCAAGUUUUAUUUGGGGAGAAACCACCCACUAUCUCAAAGAAAACUAUGUCUUUAACCUCCUUUAACAAAAAUCUUGAUCACUCACAGAAAGAGGCAAUUUCAAAGGCUCUAUCAUCUAGGGAUGUAUUUUUGCUUCAUGGACCACCUGGAACUGGAAAGACGACAACAGUGGUUGAAAUAAUUUUACAGGAAGUAAAAAAUGGCUCCAAGGUUCUUGCAUGUGCUGCUUCUAAUAUUGCUGUUGACAACAUUGUUGAAAGACUAGUCCCAUAUAGAGUAAGAUUGGUGAGGUUCGGGCAUCCAGCUCGUUUGCUGCCUCAAGUAUUGGAGAGUGCGCUUGAUGCUCAGGUACUACGAGGAGAUAACAGUGGCUUGGCAAAUGAUAUUCGAAAGGAAAUGAAGGUUCUAAAUGGGAAGCUGCUGAAGGCAAAAGAUAGAAACACAAAAAGGGAAAUAAGAAAGGAACUUAGGGCCUUGUCCAAAGAAGAGAGGACAAGACAACAGCUAGCCGUGGCAGAUGUUAUAAAAAAUGCUGAUGUAGUGCUGACAACUUUAACUGGUGCUUUUUCUCGAAAAUUAGAUGGUGUUACAUUUGAUUUGGUUGUAAUUGAUGAAGCUGCUCAAGCGCUUGAGGUCGCUUGUUGGAUAGCUUUAUUAAAGGGAUCAAGAUGUAUACUUGCUGGAGACCAUCUUCAGCUUCCCCCAACUGUACAAAGUGUUGAAGCUGAGAGGAAAGGCUUAGGAAAGACUCUAUUUGAGCGUCUUGCUGACUUGUAUGGGGAGGCAGUCACGUCUAUGCUCACUGUUCAGUAUCGUAUGCAUGAACUUAUAAUGAACUGGUCAUCCAAAGAACUCUAUGAUAGUAAGAUUGAAGCUCAUUCUAGUGUCGCUAGGCAUGUGCUUUAUGAUAUUGAAGGUGUUCAAAGGUCAUCAUCAACAGAAUCUGCCCUUCUUCUGAUAGACACAGCUGGGUGUGACAUGGAGGAAAAAAAGGAUGAAGAAGACAGCACAAUGAAUGAGGGUGAGGCUGCUGUUGCCAUAGCUCAUGCCAAAAGACUUGUUGAAAGUGGCCUGCAUGCGACAAACAUUGGAAUUAUCACCCCUUAUGCUGCUCAGGUUGUUUUACUGAAAACACUGAGAAGCAAAGAAGGCAAAUUAAAAGAACUGGAGAUUUCUACUGUUGAUGGGUUCCAAGGUCGAGAAAAAGAAGCCAUUGUUAUUUCUAUGGUCCGAUCUAAUUCAAAGAAAGAGGUUGGCUUUUUAACCGACCAUAGGAGAAUGAAUGUGGCUGUGACUCGAGCAAGAAGACAGUGCUGCAUCAUCUGUGACACUGAUACUGUAAGCCAUGAUAGUUUCUUGAAACGAAUGAUAGAAUACUUUGAGGAGCAUGCCGAAUAUUUGAGUGCCUCUGAAUAUACAAAUGUCUGAUAGGCUUUCAUCUGUGCUCAUCUUGAGAGUAUGUAAAACUCCCUCAGAUUAUAUUUUUAUUAAAACUCAUUGUGAUCAUGUUUUUCAUUA